CAGAACAGUCCUUGAAGCUUCCUCUUCAAAACUAUAGAAAUACGGUACGACGUGUUCUUGAGCUGUUGAGUUGACUUUAACAUGGUAUUUCUCUACCAUUUGGGCAAAACCACAACCUCUGCCAGCCAGCGAAGAAGGAUUAAUUAAUGGAUACCAGGGCAGCCCUUGAAGAUUCCUCUUCAAAACAAUGGAAACACGACGUGUUCCUAAGCUUCCGAGGUAAAGACACGCGCCGGACCUUCACCGACAACCUUUACUGGGCAUUAAAGCACGACAGCGUCAACGUCUUCAGAGACGAAGAAAAUCUUCAAAGAGGCGAAACUAUAAGAGACGAGUUAGUGGAAGCAAUCAAACGGUCUCAGAUCGCCAUUAUUGUCUUCUCAAAAGGGUACGCGGAUUCGAGAUGGUGUCUUGACGAGCUGGAGACGAUCGUGAAGUGUAGAUCAACUAUGGGGCAAACGGUCUUGCCGAUAUUCUAUGAUAUUGAUCCUUCACAUGUUAGGGGUCAAACUGAUAGUUUUGCAGAGCCAUUUCAGAAAUAUGAACAGUGCUACCCGAAAGAUAAGGUGCUGAGGUGGAGAGAUGCUUUGACUCAAGCUGGAAGAUUGGCUGGUGGGAAUCUUGAAAACACUGAUGGGUAUGAAGGAAGGUUUAUAAGGAAAAUUGUUGACGAUGUCACUAGAAGACUGAACAACACAUACUCAGGUGUAGCCGCCAACCAAGUUGGAAUAGAUUCUCGUGUGCAACUGAUCAUCAAUGAGUUAGAUAUUGGAGGAUCAGAUGAUGUUCGCAUUAUUGGAAUUUUGGGUAUGGGUGGAACGGGUAAGUCAACGGUUGCACAAGCCAUUAUCAGCAGAUUUAGACAAAGGUUUGACGCUACUUGUUUCCUUUCAAAAGUGAGGGAAGGGGAUAUGGUUAAAUUGCAAAACAAACUUCUUUGUGAUAUCUUGAAACCAGCCAAUGUAGAGGUAAGUACUGUCAAUCAAGGGACCGAGGAGAUAGAACGAAGACUUGGCAGCAAAAAGGUACUUGUCGUAAUUGAUGACGUUGAUUGUGCGAAACAAUUACAUCAGUUAGCUAUAAAACGUGACACCUUUGGCCCAGGGAGUAGAAUUAUUAUAACAACAAGAGUCAAACAAUUGCUAAAGAUAUUUAAAGUGGAUAAGACAUGUAACGCACAGAUAAUGAAUAAACAAGAAGCUUUUGAGCUCUUUUGUUGCCAUGCCUUUACUGAGCGUUGUCCUCCUGAUAAAGAAUAUCUUGAACUCUCAAGCAAAGUUGUUGAUUACUGCGGAGGUUUGCCACUAGCACUUGAGGUUUUAGGUUCUUAUUUAUGUACAAAACUCAAAAGUGAAUGGAAAAGUGCCUUGAGUAAAUUGAGAACAUAUCCUCAUAUGCAAAUUCACGAACAGCUUAAAAUAAGCUAUGAUGGGCUGAUUGACGAUGAUGUGAAGGAUAUAUUCCUUGAUAUAUCUUGUUUCUUUAUUGGAAUGAACAAGGACCAUGUCACAACAAUAUUGGAUGGCUGUGACUUUAAUCCAGAAAUAGGAAUUGGAGAACUACAUGAUCGAUGUCUUGUAGCUAUUGAUGAAGGGAACAACCUGAUAAUGCAUGAUUUGCUUCGAGACAUGGGCAGACAAAUCGUACGCGCAAAAUCCCCUAAAAUCCCCGGAAAACGUUGUAGAUUGUGGGAUCAGGAUGAUGUCAAAGACGUAUUGAGAAACAAAUCUGGAACAGAGGAAGUUGAAGGACUCAUGUUAGAUUUGCAAGAAUCCGACAAGCCUAUCUUCUGUACAGAAGCACUUAAGGAGAUGCAGGGACUGAGGUUGCUCAAACUGAAAGGCGUAAAGUUCACUGGAAACUGCCAACAUCUUUCCAAAAAGUUAAGAUGGUUGUGCUGGUCUGAGUUUCCUCUAAAGAUCAUACCAGAAGAUUUUAAUCAAUCAUACCUAGUUGAUAUUGACCUGAGUCAUAGCGAAAUACAAUUUUGGAAUGAUUCAGACGUGCCGCUUGAGAAGUUGAAGUUUCUUAAUCUUGGGUAUUGCCGUCGCCUGAAAAGAUCACCAGACUUUUCAAAACUCCCAAAUCUCGAGAAGCUGCUACUCAAUGAUUGCGAGAGUUUGUCUAGGAUUCACCCUUCCAUAGUACAACUGAAGAACCUUAAACAUUUAUCUCUUGCGAACUGCAAUCUAAAAAAUGAUGCAAUUCCUAAGGAUCUUGGGGGUCUAUCUUCUUUAGAAGUUCUAGAUCUACGUGGCAAUAAUUUUAAUGUGCUACCCACCCUCAGUGGCCUUUCCAAGCUUCAACCUUUACAAUGGGAUAACUGUAAAAACCUUGAGGCAAUCCCAGAUUUACCAAAAAAAUUGGAAAUCUUGGAACCGGAUGAAUGCGCUGCGAAGGAAAAAGUGCCAGAUUUUUCACAUAUGUUGAGUGUGAUGGGAUUGCAUCAGAAUCACUUUCCCGAAUGGACUGAGAUUCCAGGCAUGGAUAAGUUGUCAGACUCGGUGACAAGGAUUCCCAUUGAAGGGUGCACCGCUUGUGAUGAAAUUAUCCUGCAGGUCCUCUCUCUCUCUCUUCGACCAUCUCUCUCAUGCACACAUAAAUGCAUUUCUUAAUCGCUUGUAUAAAUCUUUGCUCCACACGGUUUAGGGAUGGAGUGCGAGUUAAAAUGGUUGGUUUUAUAUCCUGGAAAUGUUUUUCCUCAGUGGUUUAGGGGUGUCGACUUUAAGGAUGAAUUAGUUGGGCCACAAAGUUUAUUUAAAUGUGUUGACUGUAUGCAUCAUAUUCUCUUCAGAUAACUCCCAGUCUGGUGAUUGUCUUCGCAUUCCGUGUUGUAAGUUGUACCCGGCGCUGGGAGUUUAUCGUGUGUGCAAUGAAAGUGACCAUAAUUGCAUCCUAUAAGACUUUGUAUGGGACAUUUUUUUUUAUCCAUUUUUCUUUAUUUAUCUGGUCUUUUGAGUAAUUUCCUGUCCUAUUAUAUCUUCCAAAUUAUACAGAAAAACUCCAUUGUGAUUCAUAUUGGUGUCCAAGAGAGCAUUAGUUAGUUCACCAUUUUGGUACAUUCCACGCUCUUAGGUUUGUAUAUUCUACAGAGAGAAUAUAAAUGGAUAUCUAUUUUGACA